AGCUGGUACCAGAUUUUGUGUAUUCAGUGAAAUUAUGUUCGAGAUUGCAGCAGUGCAAACUGUUCUUCCACUUGAAAGAGAAAAGUUCAUUUGAGCAACUAGCCACCAGCAAGGCAAUGAAGAAAGCAAUGGAUACAACAGUGAAGAGAGACUUCAAUGUGUCUGCACCAGGGAAGGUGAUACUUCAUGGAGAACACGCAGUCGUCUACGGGAAGACAGCCCUGGCAUCGAGCCUGAACCUACGGACAUUCCUACAGCUGCGUCCCACUGUUCAAGCAUCCACUGCCUCCUUCAAACUGCUGGACAUCGGUCUGGAAUGGGAAUGGAACACCGAAGAACUGGCUCAGACUUUUUCUGAGUGUCUAGGGCAGAGAGAGGCUGGUGAUGCAGGUCCGCCCACCCCGGUGCUGUUAGCCAAAAUGAAAAAGUUCACUGGUGUCUCUGAAGACGGGAGCACCAGGGAUCUUGCAGUGUUGGCAGUCUUGUAUCUGUACUUGUCUGUCCUCGGGUCAGGUAAAGCAUCUGCUUUUCCCUCCCUGGAGGUUAGUGUGACCUCCGAGCUCCCAACUGGAGCGGGAUUGGGAUCUUCAGCUGCAUUCUCUGUGUGCUUGUCUGCUGCCUUCUUGCUUCAAGCUGGGAUAACCUCGCCUGUGGAUGAAAAUGGACUCAACCAGCGAUCAUGGAAUAAGGAUGAUUUAGAUGUAAUCAAUUGUUGGGCUUUUGAAGCUGAAAGGAUAAUUCAUGGUAAUCCCUCUGGGAUUGAUAAUGCUGUCAGUACGUAUGGUGGUGCUCUGCGUUACCAAGGGAAGGCCAUCCAGCCCCUUUCUAAAGUUCCCAACCUGCGCAUUCUUCUCAUCAACACAAAGAUACCACGUAGCACCAAGGUUCUGGUUGCAGGUGUACGCAAGAAAUAUGAGAAAUUCCCAGAGGUCAUUGGGCCAGUGUUGGAGUCGAUUGAGGGGAUUUCUCAGAUGUGCCAAUCCCUGUUCGAAGAAUUCAUGAUUGGUCCAGAAAAGGAAAGAGGGUCCAAUCCCACAGUAGUAAGCAACCAAUCAGAUUCAGCAAAGCAGCCAGCUGACCAGGUAGCCCCAACAGUAGGAGGGACUGAGGUCCAAGCCGACCAAACAACCUCUCUGUAUGGUCAGCUGGAAGAUUUGAUCGACAUGAAUCAGAAGUUUCUGGAGAUCUUGGGAGUUUCACAUCCUUCCCUUGAGGCCCUUUGUUCCCUGACUGCCAAGUUUGGCCUCCACUCCAAGCUGACAGGUGCGGGCGGUGGUGGGUGUGCGCUGACACUCCUCAGGCCAGACACGGCGGCAGACACGGUGAUGCACGUCAGAGAAGAGGUAGCAGCUGUGGGAUACGACCUGUGGGAGACCAGCAUUGGCGGAGUUGGUGUAGCAUUCCAUGCAGACCUUAACCGGGCCAAGGAAAUGGGGUUUAAUGUGCCAGAGACAUUUCUGGGGAAACUGUAGACAUGAAUAUGGUGAACACAACUCUUAACGUGUACAUAAACAUGGACAUACUGUACAUGUACAUAUACAUGUAGAUGUCUCUGAUGUAAUUUCAGAAUCCAGUUGAUUUACAUGCACUUGUAGCGUGCACAGUCUUCUUGGAAGAAUGCAGGUGGAUUACCAUGAAGCUGCUGCUCAAACCAUUCUCAAAGCAGCUGCUGUCUCUCAUCAGCUCUUACAAUGUUCAGGUCCCCAAUCUGUGGCAGGCUACACACAUACGGAUACAUUGUACAUGUACCAGUGUGCAGCUAAAAUCUUGUGCUCUACUCAGAUCAGUGGACAUACAUACAUUUGUACACUGUGUGGGGUGACUACACGUAUUUGUUCAGCAAAGGAGGUCUGCAGACUCCAGUGGUUGUGUUGCACAGAGUGUAUUGUCUUAACCCUAACCCUCCUCAAUCCUUCACCUGUUGGAGUACUGAGGAGUGUUAGGGUUAAUGUACUGGAAACACCCACCUUAUAACGUGUGCUUUACUUGUAUUCUUGACCAUGUACAGUAAUAGGACUGUUGUAGGCAUGGAAUGUGUACACAUGUGUACUGUACAUGUACCGCAUGUACAUGUAUAGUGUACUGUAUAAUACGUGUAUACGUAUGGAUACAUUUAUGAGCAAGCAGUGCAUAAUUUACUUGAAAUUCCAGGUGGCACAUGUACAUGUACAUGUUGUUAAGUUACAAGUGUACAUGUAUGUAAGUUUAAUUUAUAAACUUGUAAUGUGAUAAGCUUACAUGUUUUGUGGAUUGUCUUUUUAAAAACCGGUCGAAAACUGUACAUGUACGUGUAUGUACGGGUACACUGCUGAAAUCACUUUAGUCAGUGUACAACACACACGUAGUAUACUCAGUCCUAGAUACUGGUUGAGCACUUUGUAGAACUCUGCAAGGUGGACUUGUUGAAGACACCAUACGUGUACAUGUACAUGUAUUUGUUCUUACAUGUAUGUACUCUUUGCCCCUUUUGGAAUAGGUUUGAACUGCAGAUUUACACUCCAACAAUAGCAUUUACAUUUAUUUUUGGAAAUAAAAAUCAGAUAAUGGCUUUAAAUAGUAUUACUAGAUUACUGUAGGUCAGUCCUGUGAUUGUGCCCAAUCGUCUGUUUGUUUAUUUCUGUGGUACCGUACGUGUAUUCAAGUUACUAGAGAUAAAGCUGAUGGAGGUUGUUUUUUUUUAUACUUGCUUAACCCUAAACCCUAAAUUGCUUAGCAGUCCUGGUAGUGGCCUUUCUGCAUCUUUCAGAGUGUAGCAAGCCAACUGCACCUUCUUUCAACUUCAAAACUUUCAAAGGACAUCAAGCCCUGUGUAAAUUAUACAUUGUAACAAGUGGUGGUUCCUCAACGCUACAAAAUCCUACAAAAUAUCUUGGGAGAUAUUGAGGGACCUACUGGUAGAAAGGUUAGGGUUAGUAGCUUAUGCAAAAUAUGAAUAUUUUCUAAUACCUGGUAGCUCUGUACUUUAACACAGCAUAAUUGUAAAUGUUGAGGUUUCUUCCUUGGGGGGAAAAACCACAAAAACAGUAAAAACUAAGCUAGUUUCCAAUCUUUAUUUCUGCCUGUGUUCAAUUUAGAAGUUUGCAAAUGAUCUUUAUUUCAAAAGAAGAUGAGAGAAAUUCCAUUUUUCAAGAAGAUAUUACAUAAAACAUGUGAAAUUGUCAAUUUUGUUCAAUUACAUGUAGGUCUACUGACGAAACCAAACUGAAAUAGGCUGGAAAUCAUGCCAAGCUCCUGACAUCAAAGAGCUUACUUUUUUUGUGAAAAAAGCUACAUGUGAAACAAAUUCUGAGCCAUGUUGGCACAUACAGUACAUGUACAGUGUAAGCCUCUGGUUAUAAAGAUAACCACUCCGGGAUCGGAGAUGUAUGGUUUAUAUGGGUGGCCGGGGUCUCGAACUCGGACAAAGGAAACAGGGCCCUG